AUGGCCGCCGCCGGGCACCGGACGCCGCUGCCGCUGCCGCUGCUCUUCCUCCUCCUCCUCGCCGCCGUCGCGCUGCUCGCGGCGGUGGCCGCGGCGGACGACGCCAAGCCGACCAUCCUGACCCCGGUGGCCAAGACCCCUGUGGGGUCCUUCGAGGGCGACAAGCCGGGGGACGACGCCAUGGACGACGAGGACGCCGCGCCCGUCGGCUCCCCCCUCGGCACCACCAUGACCGAACCCAAACCGGAGCAGUCCACGCCCGGCGCCGCCGGGGGCGACGCGCCAGCGCCCAGCGCCGCCUCCUCCCUCGCGGCCCGCCUCGGCGGCGCCGUCGCCGUGGUCGCAGCGGCCGCCGGCGUCCUCGCCUUCUAAUUAAGCUCCGUCCAGGGAGAUCAACUACGUACUCCGGUGCGGCCAGCUCCAUGCACGCGGGGUCGCCGGCAAUGGCGGAUCCAGGCCUUCACCCACGCUCAUCGCUCUUCCAUUCAUCCUCUCUCUUUCUCUCUCUCUCUCUCCGUAUAUAUGUAUCUAACCACGUACGUACGCUGGCAUGCACGACACUAUGAAACUGCGAAAGCACACGAGUAAAUUAAAGACCGUGGUGCGUGCAACAUAUAGUUCUCCAAGGAAUUUUCCCAUGCUAAUCUCAUUGUAAGUUCAGCACAGCUUUGUUUUUGCUUGCCUUGUCCAGUGGAGCAAAUUAAUUAAGUUUCGA